CCAGAUUUCAAUGGUGGUCUUGGAACUCAUUUCAUUAGCCUUAUUCUCGAUCUUGUUCAUGGCUCGCAUAUUUGCUUUUGUCCCGCUUCUCCCGUGUUUGUUUCUUGUCUUGCAUGUCUCACAAGAGGAGAAGAAAGGCGAGAUAUAAGAAGAUAUUUGGCCAAUGCCGAUGGAGCUCCAAGACGACGUGGAGACUCACCUAGGCUUAGGCUGAGUCCCGACUUGAAGGCCGCCCCGGUCCGUGGUAGUCAAGGAUCUUCCGAGCUAGCUCAUCCUGAGAAUCUCUUGGGAUCAGGGAUGUCACGCCCGGUCUCCUGCCCGCACCUCGACAGAGUCACACCACCGCUCGAGGAGAUUACCCGUAUAUGGAGAGCAUUACGCCCAAUCGACUGCCGUUACAUCUCUGCGUUCAUAGGGGAUAUCCCUUUUCUGGCUACUCGGCACGUUGAUUGGAAUUUUCUCGAAACCGCCAUCGCAUUCUGGAACCCAAGUCGCGUCGUCUUCGACAUACAGGGUACUGAGCUCACGCCAACCAUCGAGGAGUACCGAACACUCAUCGGUCGAACCGCAGUUGUCCACGGCAUUGUAGAACCCAAUUUCCACACCGCCCGACCAAUCCAAGUCUCACGCCUACUCGGGGUUCCUACGAGUCGUUUGAAUGUUGAACUCGCAUACUCCGGCAGCACGGAGAUUGCAAUCGAGAAACUCCUCUUUUUUAUUGAGUCCCGAGUGCAUAGGGUCCAGGGGGAUUUUCUUCGAAAGGAUUUAUGUCAUGCUGUUCUAUUGCUAAUCUUUGGGACCCUCUUAUUCCCUCGCUCGCAUAGUCUCAUCGAUGCGGCCUUGGCCAGCAUUGUCCUCCAAGUGGUCGGAGGGCGUGGUUAUGAGGUAGCCUUCGUGGCUGAGACCAUUCGGUCCCUCGACCGCGUUUUGAGAACAUGUGACCGAAAGAUAAGAGGAUCCCCUAUGCUUUUACAAAUUUGGCUACAAAGUCACGCAAACCCUCUGCGUCUGGUGCGCUCGAUUAUGUAUUUUAAUGGUCCAGAAUCAAUUAUUUCUCGAUUGCUACCCCUCCUGCGUGUGGAAGAACGCAAGGUCUCUGAGUGGAUCAAAAUUUUUUGUGAAAUAGCACCUAGGGAUCGCCAAAGUAACGUCGAACAGAUCCUGGAUGCGUGGCGAACUGUGAUUACCGAGCGUCCAUACUUCCCCGAGCAUUCGACCCUUGAUAAGCGGGAUUUCCAAGCUACAGAAGAAUACAUCCUUCGCUUCUACCGAUGGGGUCCAGCAGCACACGAGGAUCUCGUCAACUCUCCGCAAGUCAGAGACGGCGGGUCACCCGGCACAACUCGCACUCCGAAUAUGACCAUCCAAGCCGAGCUCACUCAUCUCAGAGCCGAAAGAGAUCGUCUUCGUCGGGAAGUCGCAGAGAAGGACGAGCAGCUUGUUGAUCAGCGCCAACUACAGAGAGAGCUCGCCCAGACCCGUGCCGAGCUACAGAGGCGCGAUCAGAAAUUGGCACGAGCAAACGCCGCUUUGGAGAGGUCCAGGAAAAGGGUCCGCGAGGGUCCAUAUACACCCUAG